AUGGCCACCGCUGUUCAAUCGGUCAACAUUGAGAAGUUCGCCCAUGGCGACCAGAAGCCCAAGUACAAAGUUGCUGACAUGAAGCAGGCCGACUUUGGGCGCAAGGAGAUAGUCCUCGCGGAGCACGAGAUGCCCGGCCUAAUGGCCAUUCGCGAGAAGUACGGCCCCUCGCAGCCGCUCAAGGGCGCCCGCAUCGCCGGCUGCCUCCACAUGACCAUCCAGACGGCGGUGCUGAUGGAGACGCUGCUGGAGCUGGGCGCGGAGAUCCAGUGGAGCAGCUGCAACAUCUUCUCGACGCAGGACCACGCGGCCGCUGCUAUGGCCGCCCGCGGCAUUCCCGUCUACGCGUGGAAGGGCGAGACGGAGGAGGAGUACCAGUGGUGCAUCGAGCAGACGCUCAUCUUCCCCGAUGGGAAGCCGCUAAACAUGAUCCUCGAUGAUGGCGGCGAUCUGACUGCCCUCAUCCACACCAAGUACCCGGAGCUGCUGGCCGGCAUCAAGGGCGUCUCCGAGGAGACCACCACCGGCGUGCACAACCUCUACAAGAUGCUGCGCAACGGUGAGCUGAAGAUUCCCGCCUUCAACGUCAACGACUCGGUCACGAAGUCGAAGUUUGACAACCUCUACGGCUGUCGCGAGUCCCUCGUUGAUGGCAUCAAGCGCGCCACCGACGUGAUGCUCGCCGGAAAGGUGGCCGUCGUGGCCGGCUACGGCGACGUCGGCAAGGGCAGCGUGCAGAGCCUGCGCGGCUUCGGCUGCCGCGUCAUCGUCACCGAGAUCGACCCGAUCAACGCGCUGCAGGCCGCCAUGGAGGGCUACGAGGUGACCACCAUGGAGGAGGCCGCCCCCCGGGCCUCCAUCUUCGUCACCAGCACCGGCUGCAAGGACAUCAUCCGCGGGGAGCACUUCCUCGCCAUGCCCGAGGACGCCAUCGUCUGCAACAUUGGCCACUUUGACUGCGAGAUCGACGUGAAGUGGCUGGAGGCGAAUGCCACCGAGAAGGUGACCAUCAAGCCGCAGGUGGAGCGCUACACGCUCGCCAAUGGCCGCCACAUCAUCCUCACCGCCUCGGGUCGGCUGGUGAACCUGGGCUGCGCCACCGGCCACCCCAGCUUCGUCAUGAGCAACUCCUUCAGCAACCAGGUCCUCGCCCAGAUUGAGCUCUUCAAGAACCAGUACGCGCUGGGCAUCUACACACUGCCGAAGAAGCUCGAUGAGGAGGUGGCCGCCCUUCACCUGCCCCACCUGGGCGUGAAGCUGACCAAGCUGAGCGACGACCAGGCCACCUACCUGGGCAUUCCCAAGGAGGGGCCCUUCAAGCCGGACCACUACCGCUAUUAA